AUGUCUAGUUUCAAAGCCGAGGGCAGGGCUGGCUUCAUCCUCCCCUUCGACGGAAACCUGAGUCGGGGGUACGUGACCACUAUCCUGGAAGACGCGAAGAUUUACUCCAGCCACGCGAAGAAAUCCGGCGUCGACGCGGAUGACGUCCGGCUGGCGAUCCAGUGCCGGACAGACCAGUCGUUCACAUCGCCGCCUCCCAGAGACUUCCUGUUAGACAUCGCGAGGCAGAAAAACCAGACGCCGCUGCCGUUGAUAAAGCCUUAUUCCGGACCCAGGCUGCCGCCCGACAGGUACUGCUUGACGGCUCCCAACUACAGGCUGAAGUCCUUGCAGAAGAAGGUCUCCUCCUCCGCAGGAAGAAUAACAGUCCCUCGCCUGAGCGUUGGUGCUGUGAGCAGCAGGCCCAGCACUCCUACUUUAGGUACACCUUCAGCACAAACGGUAUCCGUCUCGACAAAAGUCGGCACCCCAGUGUCGCUGACGGGUCAGAGGUUCACCGUGCAGAUCCCGUCGUCUCAGGCAGCAGUCAAGUCGGCCACACCAACUACGCCGACAGUUCAGAAUGUUCUAAUUAAUCCUUCGUUAAUCGGACCAAAGAACAUUCUUAUCACUACAAAUAUGGUAUCAUCACAGAAUACCCCUAAUGAAUCAAAUCCCUUGAAAAGGAAGCAUGAAGAUGACGACGACUAUGAUAAUUUGUGAAGAGACUGUCCGAUCCCCUUCCGUUCGUCAGUGAUUCAUACUCAGCCUCAUCAGGUUUUUGCCAAGAAUUCUUUGUAAACGGUGUGAGGGCGUGUAAAUACUCUGUUAAUACGCAGUUGGGUGCGGAGUGAGAGAGAGAGAGAGAGAGAUCACUGCCUGCGGGAAGAGGAAAAAGCAGCUGAUCUUUUCCUGUGGCCCCUAACGGCUUUUGAACCUCGGCAGCGAUGGUGAGCGCCGGUCACCGUGACGCAGCACAGCCUUCGCGUCUCUUCCCUCGCCUUAUUUCUAACGGACCUCUCCGUGGCUCUGAGGCCUGGUGAGCCAGGUGCUGGUAGUACCGUCCCGUGCCAAGUAAAAAUAAUUUGUAGAAAA